UAUUCUUUUUAAACAAAACGGAGAAAUGUGCAGUGCUUUGGGUGUACCAAAAUGGCCGUAUCAUUUCCAUGACAACGAGCGCAAUGACUGCCGGGUGUGGACUUGUAUUAGUUUACAUAGCUAGGCAGCUCAACCAAUCCGCAUAGGGAUAAGUGAGCGGGAAAGUGUAAACAUGGAGGAGGUAGCUCAGAGUCUUCUGGGCACUCUUCAGCAGAGCUUGGAUGAGCGUCCCAAAGAGGAAGGGGAUGAAGUACCAGCUAAAAUACUGGUGGAUUAUUACAUGGAGAGACGACGGAAGCAGAAGAUGCUGUGCGGACAACUGCGGCUCUUGUGCUUUCUGCUGGAUUUCUUGCAAGUGACUGACCCUGCGAGCUGGGGCGAGGAGGAGACCAGUCCAGAGAUGCUGAGUUUGGAGGCAGAGGAGGAGAAGGGAAAGUGGAAGAUGCUAAAGGCUGAGUACCUAAACAAGGUACAGGAGGUAGAGGGCAUUCUUCCCCUCCUACUCAAGAAAUUGCAGAGUCUGCAGGAGAAGAAACAAAUAUUGGAGAAUACUCUGCAACAUUACCAGAGCCAGAAAGCUGCUGCAGAGGUUCGGAUAAAGAAACAGGCAGAAGAAGAGCUAAUUCGUCUACAGGGGGUGGUGGAGAGACAGCAGCAGGUAGUAGAGAAGUGCCGGGCUCAUAGUCAUCAGCUGGAGGAGGAGCUUAAGAGACUAGAGCACUCGGUGUCCAAAUGGGUACAGACAGUUAGCCGGGACUCGGAGCUCUCAAAUCUUCUCCAGACCCUGCAGGGAAUCUCAAUAGUGUCUGUUGGACACAAUGAAUUAGUUCUGGAUAUGCAUGCAGAUCAGAAUAAAGUGAUACCACCACUGCGUGUGACCUUGAGGUGGACAUCUGAAGGCUCUCUACAAGUGGAGAGUGAUGACUCCGUGCCUGGAAUACCACAAAAUCUACUGGAUGGUACCUUGUCCCAAAUGAGACCCAUUAUCCUUGAGCUACAAAGUUGGUACCGGAGCCAGGCCCGGCUACUUCAGGAGCUGAAAGGGGUGCAGGAAAGGUUUGCUAUAGAUUGGCUUCCUGAGAAGCAACUUGUUUACUUCUUGAAGGGCAACUGUCAAUAUACCCUGCUCAUUGGCCAUGGCUACCCACAAAGUGGUACUAUUCAGCUGUUGUCUCUAAAAGGUGUUGAGCCUGCAAUAGAACCUAGUACUCUUAAGCCCCCUGUAGAGAGCCCCUCCCUCACUGAUUGGCUGGAAUAUUUGCACAGCUCUUCACAUAUUGGUGGUCUUGGCUCGGCAUGACCACAGCACUGUGACAAAACGCAUUCUGGGAAGAAAUCACAGUUCGGACUUUGUGUUGGUAAAUUCUGUAACUGAACACCAAGCAAGCAUCGAAUAGAUGGAAGUUAGCAUGCAUAUCAAGACUAAAUACAUGUAAUAAGCUUCACGUCUUUUGGUAGGUGAUACUCCAAGCAGAUAUUGUAGAUCAAUAAAAUAAUCUGAAUUUCCGUCUUCACUCAGUAGUGCAGAAGAAUUCACAAACAAGAUCAGCCAUACCUCUAGGCUAAUGGACAGGGACUUAGUAACUCCGACUUAAAAAAACACUUUAAAAGGACCACCUUACCUCCCUACUGCAGUACUAUUAAGCCCUGUGUAACCUGAAGAUAUUUUAUAGCUUCUGCUGCUGAAUUAAGGCAAGAUAUAUAUAUUUUUAUAUAUAUAUAUAUUCCUCUCUUGGAUGAUAAAUCCCCCCAAAAUACUUAAAAGAAUGCAAAUAAACGGAAAUACAUUACAGUCAAAGAUAAAUAUGUUCUAAUAAAUUUUUCUAUGUCUUUAUUAAA